AAAGUCUUAGUUUGCUCUUUUAAUGAUUUAGUUGGCAGUUGACUUGCUUGAUCCCUUGCCCAUAGGGCAAGUGAGAAUGAAAAGUUACUUGCCCAAAAGGAAAAUCUACUUGUCUGGGACAAUGGGAUGGCACUUUUUUCAAGCCCUGCAUCUUAGGAAGUUAUCAAAUGUUGGAAUCUUAAGUUUUUUCGUUCCAGGAUUAAAAUUAAUAUUAAAACUUUAUGUUCCUUCAUUUCAGGCUUUGGGGCAUCUGAACAUCUUCUCAUUAAACUACUUCUUUAGGGAAAUUCAAGAGGAGAUGAAGAAGCACGGCCAUGAACCAGUGAAGUUUCUUGAUGUGAAGGAUGAGAUUUUUGAUAUGGUCAAGCCUACAGACCCUUACAGGAUUAGUCUACAAGAUCUUGUUAACAGUGGCCAAGGAGAGACAGUGACAAGUAUUCUGAUUGACUUGAAUGGCUUCUGGACUUACGAAAACAGAGAGUUGCUGGUACAAGAUGUGAAUAAUGAAUAAAAAAGAUCAGUCUCGCACCAUUGCUGAAGUUCAAAUCAGGAUUGAGCCAACCCAGGAUUAGUGUAAACUUUAAAAAAAAUUGUUAAGUUAUCAGCAGUGCUUUCAAUAAGAUCUGGGACUUGGUGGAGCUCUGGCAGGUGUGCUGAUGUGAAUUGCCAUCUACAUGUAUGAAGAUGGAAGUCUGCAGUUUUGCUUCUGUUAACUCUUAAUCUUGGAUAAGUAUUGAUCAGCUUUUGAACAACAAUGAGCCUUGGGCGAAUUAGAGGCAUAUUUGUACAAAGUAAAAUCAUUUAAAUAAAUACAUUUCACACUAUUGUAAUUU